UAGACUCUUGGGUAUGUAACUUCAUUUUGUACCAUGCCCCUCGUGAAUUUUUUCGUGUACGAGAGAGACUGCCGCUUCGUCUAUGGAUGCCCUACUUCGGUCAAAUGCCAAGACGAUGAUAUAGUGGCUGAUCUGCAAGAGCUCAUUGCUGUCAAACUCAAUGUGAUGGCACCUAGAGUUCACUAUGGAAGCCCCACCAAUUUUUAGGCAUACGAGACACCGAAGAACUUCGCUCACGUUUGGAGGAUAAUUGCCACAGACUCGAACAGUUCUGUGACAAUCUCAUCUAUAAUGGAGUUGAAGAUUUAGUCAGUUCUGUUACAUUGGCUACGAGCAGUAGGGGCAGGGAAAGCACAAAAACGGUGCUCAUUGCUGAAAUUAUGCCGUCUCCGCCUCCUCAGGCUGAGGCGGGGCCUCAGGAAGAGGAAGAAGUUAUCGGAAGAUCAUGGAAAAUAACUAGUGUUCUACAAUGUCAUGAAUAAAACAUUGACUGGCAAGUCUCCUUCCGCGAACACGAAGUCGGCCAAUUAUCACGCUCAUCAGGAGCAGGAAACACCAUUCCUCGAUGGCCGUUACGCCAAGCGUUCCACGUCUACCUUGGCCCCCCCAAUUGAAUUAUUUCAUCAUGUGUUCGCCGAGUUCAAAGCCAACGCCUGUAACGCAUCCCUCCACCCGCCCUCCGAUAUCAUCGGUCAUACAGUGAAGCUAAUGGAGGUUGCUUCCCAAAUUUCGACGACAGAGAUUUGCCGCGAAAAAUUAACUCAGCGAUAUUUGACGGAUAUUUUGUGUCGUGGAUUUGGUCAGGGUGUUAAUUUUAAUAGGACUUCGUCAGAUCACCUCGUCGUGGCUACUCGCUCUGUGAACCCCGCCGAAAUUGCCGCAGUCGCACUGGUGGAGGAGGAGAAAGCGGAACUGGGCUGGGGCGGGGAUCCAUCUAUACAAGGCUCUUUUUCGUACCUCCAGUUCUGGGCUGGAGCCGAUCACGAACACAUUCGCAAUGCUACCUGUUGCCCAUCCUUUAUCAUAGGUAUUGGAGGACCUUGGGUCGUGAUUCUAGGCGCUGUGAUCACGUCCAGCCCAAUCAUUCAGCGUCUAACCGAUUACUUAUGGUUGGGUCAUAGUCGUGUCAUUGAUGAUAGUUACGCUCUCCGCCUGGCACACAUAUUAUACUCGCUCCAGCUUGCGAUGUGCACGCUCAAUGAAUACUACAUGAACUUCACUCCUCCUUCUCCCGCGGAGAGAAAAUAUCGUUUUUUCCCUUCAAUCACUUCCUAUCGUUUUGGUGCUGAACAAGUUGUGAAUUUCAAAUAUCAGCAGCCCCUCGAAUCGGAUGCUACGCUCUUGGCAUCGAAAGGAAUGGCACCGCAACUCUGGCACUGCGGUCCCAUCUGGCAUGGCUCGGAACGCAGCUACGGAGAGCUUCAAACGGUCGUGACGGAAUACGUAGAGGGUCAGACAGCAGCAUCAAAGUAUAGCGGUCGCUCAAUUCCGGAGACAGUCCGGGAAUUUGUUCGAAGGGCUGCCACAUGCCUUGCAGAUAACUUAAUGGUUCAUGGUGAUUUGCGCAGGCCGAACAUCUUUGUUGUGAAGAACGAAGAAGAGAAGGUUAUGAUUAUUGAUUUUGACUGGGCAGGUAAGGAUGGGGUAGUGAGGUACCCACUGCAUCUCUCGCGCGGUGUGCAAUGGGCGGAAGGUGUUGAGGAUUAUGGGCUCAUUAAAAUCGAACAUGAUGCGGCAAUGGUGAACCGUUUGUAGAAUAAUUACGUUCUCGCCUUCGACGACGGGUAUUUCAAUGUGUGUGGGACUCUACAGACCAUGUCGCUGUGUC